UACUUUGUACAUCUCUAUCCCCGCGGUCAUGCCAGACCUCCUGUACACGAUAUUACAAAGCCUUCGUGUCUGGGACUUGGUGGCCGGCAUCGUUACACAAGGUUGAGGACAUGUCGGGUCGAUGAGCUGCCCUCCUCCUCCUCAGGCGAUAUCAUUGGCUAUGCGGUAUUUCUGUGGUCUUUGAAAGUGGCCGAUUGGACAAGCAUCGUUUGAAAUGCGGCUGAGCUGAAGUUGGAACAAAAGCAUCCUCUCCAAACUGCAAUAGCCUUACCGCAAAACCCAUCAACCAUUCGAAGCAAUUCCUGCAAUAUCUUCCAAGUUCUCCCCAUAUAUCACCCCGUCGCUCAAAAUGAUCAUCACUGUGCAGACGCCUCUCCGGACCAUCCGUGUCGAUGCUCAACCAUCGUGGCUCGUCAGCGAUCUCUUGCUGGAGCUUUCCAAGCACAAGGACUGUGGAGCAGAUGGUCUUCGGCUUAUUCAUGGUGGACAUCAAUUGAAACCAAACAAGAGUCUAUCAGACUACACUAUCCAUGAGGGAUCAACCAUCCAGUGUAUCCGUACGCAAUCGACGAUCCAGCCUCCACCGGCUCCCCCAACGAAUCCGCCCCUCAACCCCACCCUCAACCCCACCCCCCAGGGAGCCGAGAAAUGGAAAGAGUUGGGCUCGAGGUUCGACUUCGAUACAGAUCUUCACAUCGUAGAUCCCGAGGCUCACCACAGCCUGUUGGCUAGCCUGGAGAGGUCGGUCAUCGAAAAAUCCGAAGCCUUCCGUUGCAAAGGAGUCUAUGACACGAACGACAACACUUACGAGCGGCACGAGAUUCCUGAAGGCACCUUGAGAGUGCUAAAGAGGUUGCCAGACAGCCUUGACGAAAACAAGGACUCGAAAGCCCUGUUCAGCAUAGCGAAGAGCUAUGUCAUCCUCAGUCAGGUGCUGUGCAGCUUCAGAUACGUCAUUGAUCACGGUUUUGCGACUUCAUUCUUUAGUUUCUUCUUGGAAGACCCCGAGUGUUGCCUAGCAAAGCUCGUGCAGGUCCCUCUUGAGGCACUGCAAAUGUUUCAUCAGGGGCUCGAAGAAACUCUGACCCACGAGAGCAUCCUCUCGCCCAAGCCCAUUCACCGUGCAGAGGACUUCGUAUGGCGACUUCACACAGCGCUCGGACUCGGACUCGGAUUGUCACCCCGUGAGCCGCUACUCAGCGACGAGAUCUGUAUGCUAUGCCGCGUGGUCGUUCUGCUGCUUGACCUAGCCCUGGUAUCCUAUAUGGGCUCACAUGGGAGCGACUUCGACGUCCAGUACUUGGGUAAACACGAUAAGGACAUCCAGGUUGGAGGCAAUGUUCUUAGCACCAAGACGACAUAUGGAUUUCGAUUGUCUUGUCGGCGACUGGCCUGCCUUGACGGAUUCCUCGAUAGAACCUCAGUCUGGAUUUUCCGGCAAAUCCAUGAACAUGGACCUCGUGUCUUGGACGACUCGAAGCCGCUGCCUAUCCUGACAACAAUGGAGACGUUUGCCGAUGUCUGGGGUCCUGUUUGGACCGAACCCGUCGAGGGGAGUACCAGUGGCGAGAUUCUUCGAUACCACGUUUCGAAGGGAGUUAUCCAUAGGGUCGAGACUGACACGCUGCCACGGUAUGAUGGCGCAGCGACAUGUCACUGGGAAAGCUGGCCAGAGUAUCAUUACCGAAGGGUCACUCGUGGCAUCAAAGAUGUGUUCAGGAACGAUGCCAAGGCUCCUACUACUCUGAAGUGGGACGAUAUGCUCCUCAUCGGGAGCUUGCUCGAGCAGCACGAGUCGUGCAGAUAUUCGCCUAGCGACUUCCAACACGAUUCGAACUCUGCGUUCUAUGUUUUGGGAACAAAGCCCUCGACCUGGACCACGGAUAGUCGCAGCUUUGCGGUCUCGUUUUCGAAACUUGUAGGCCUAGCAAUGUCUGGGACUCAAAAGAAACUUCCUGCGACCACCGUCAAACAGCACAUUUGGGACAAGUGGAGCAAAAACCCGACGAGGGCCAACCCCUGGAUUCUACACAUGAGCCUUGGUGUUGAGGUCAGCCAGUGCACAGGAAACGCCCGCAGAGUCCCGCUGAAGGACAUCCUUCUGUGCGAUGCCCUCCAACCACGGCUAGAGCUCUGUGUCCCGGGCUGGAGGGAAAAGAUAUGGGGACCAUCUCUGCUGGUUGCUCUACAUAGCCAAGACGACGAAGACAUCUGCCAGUUCUGGAAGGACUACGAGGCUCAUCGGCAGGAAGUCGCCGAGUUGGUCUGCUGCAUGCUAGACCUCUUGAAUGAGACGGGAAAGCUCAAUGGAGUUUUCAAUGUCGCCUUUUUCAAUUACCAUGCAGAGCACUCCCUACACUUAAGCUUGGCAUUGAAUAGCUGGGCGAACAUCCUCGAGGACUCAGAUGAGUCAGCGGUGUACGCGAUUAGCAGCAAUUCCUGCUUGGUGACUGCUGAGAGGCCCGUCGAGUUCGGAAGAUCAGUUUGCAGCCAACUUUGGGAGCCACGCAUGACUCAGCACACUCUCCUACAAACGGAGUUGUCCAAUUAUCACCCAACAUGGAUGGAAGUGAAUCUUGCAGGCCACUACUUCCGAACCUCACCCAAUGACCCAGAUAUACUUGUUUCCUGGCGCUUCGGUAUAUUCGGAAAUAGGGAUACCGCAAGAGAAACAACCACUAGAUACGCAAACGAAGCCAAUCCCAGACGCAUCGUUGUUAUUCAGGUAUUGAAAAAGAGCUUUGGUGGUCUUAAGCGUCCCAGAGCAUCUCAGAGAUUAAGAUCCGGUGCCCAGUCAGGCUCGCCAGCCCCGACGACGGCUCCUCCCAAUGAGGAAGGGAACGACGAUCAUUCUGCUGCCCCCCUUCCUUUGCAACAACCGUGGUCGUUCCAAGGUUUAGAUGCCAUUAAGACCGACGAUGGCUGUGCUGCCUCUGCCGAUGUACCUCUAUCGGCAUCAUCUUCCAUCCGCCGAGUCUCACUGACUAUCGACGGAACUCACGUCAACAGGUUUGUCGAAGAUCGUGAGGCGAACCGAGAGUCCCAGGACGUGGCAAUGUCCUCCGACAACGAGCAUCAUUCUGUGCACGCACCGCAACCAGUCAACCACACCGUAGGAAACCAGGUUGCAGUUGAGAACGCCGGCGACGAUCUCUCUUUCAUGCCUCAGCUCGAGAGCGAUUUGGUGGUGACACUGCGCACGGUAAAUGACGUUGCAAGAUUCAGAGAGGGGACACACUCUUCUCCAGUGCAACAAGGCUCAGCAAAACUCGAGGGAAUGAGCCGUCAGGGCGAGCCUGGGGGCUCCAGGCAAGCGGCCCGGCCCAACGUCGAUCACCCACCUUCUGGGAAUGCCGUUUUGCCUCGUCGAAAGCGUCGCUGGUGUCCACCAUUUCGCCGAUGAGAAGGACGGUGUCUACUGUGUAGCUUUGGCGACGUUACUCUUUGGCAAGCCUUGUGUACCUAGAGACAAAGGGUUGGGAUUAUGCAUG